GUUUUGGUUCUCCUCGUCCCCGCCGUCUUCGUGCUUCUCAUCGCCAUGUACUCCAGCCAAUGGAGCCGUCGUCGUGCAGCAGGCAGUCCCCAGCGAGAUGCCAAAGGCAUGACACUACACCAAUUGCACAGGUCCGCCCUUCAAAAGAUGACCACACAGACAUACACACGCAGUCAGGAGUUGACCAAGCCGACGUGCGUGUCGGAUGUCCACUGUUCUCAGGGUGACACUCGUAUGGAGGGCGCUAGGCAGAUGGUGAUGCCACAGAAUAGCGGAGUGCCCGCAACAGGCAGUCCGCAGCGAGAUGGUGACCAAAGGCAUGACACCAUAUGUAUUGCACAGGUCGGCCCUUCAAAGGAUGACCACACAUACAUACACACACGCAGACAGGGCUUGAUCAAGCCGAUAUGCGUGUCGUGUGCCUGCUGUUCUCAGGAUGACGGCUGUGUGGAGGGUGCUGGACAGAUGGACAGAUGGUGACGCCACAGAGUAGCGGAGUGCCCGCAGCAGGCAGCCCCCAGCGAGAUGGUAGCCAAAGGCAUGGCACCACACGUAUUGCACAG